AUGCGGGUAGCUAACUUCGAAGACAUCGACAAGGCGGUGUACAAGUGGUUUCUGGAAGCCAGAGAUUUUUCGUGCAUAUACGGCGUUGAUGACAAGUUCAAGGGCUGUGAAGGAUGGCUUUGGGCCUUUCGUGCUCGGCAUGACAUUGUGUUUAGGGGACUCACCGGCGAAGAAAAGUCCGCUCCUCAAGCCAUCGCUGUGGGAUGGAGAGAGCAAGAAAUUGCGAAACUACUCUCCGAGUACGACCUCGAGAAUGUGUUCAAUGCAGACGAGACUGCACUCUUCUUCAGACUGUUGCCCGAGCGUGCGAUGGCCGUGAAAGGUGAGAAGUGCAAAGGCGGGAAGAAGUCAAAGGAAAGGAUUACGAUCCUUCUGUGUUGCAACAUGACAGGCUCCGCAAAGCUGAAGCCGCUGGUCAUCGGCGAGUCCUGCAACCCACGCGCUUUUAAGCAUGUCAUCAGCCUCCCAGCUGAUUAUUACUGGAACAAGAAGGCGUGGAUGACAACGGCGAUAUUUACCGACUGGCUGACCAAGCUCGAUAACACGAUGAAAAGAGAGAAGAAGAAGAUCGCCCUCGUGCUUCACAACUGUUCUGCUCAUUCAAAGCUUCCGAGAAUGACAAAUGUGAAGGUUGUGAUGCUGCCGCCGAACUGCACGUCCUUGCUCCAACCGCUAGACCAGGGGAUCAUUCGCUCGACGAAGGCGCACUACCGGAAAAGGAUGCUCCAGCGAAUCUUUCUUAACAUCAAGAACGAAGUUCAGAGGCCCACUGAGAUCAAUGUGCAUCAGGCUAUCGAGAUGAUAACCGGAGCCUGGCGGAACGUGACAUCAGAGGUCAUAAAGAACUGCUGGAGGAAAGCUGGUUUCACACAGGAAGUCAGCAUGAACGAAGUGGAGGUGUCACAUGAGGACGACGCGUUGAUCCUUGACGUGUGGGAUGGCUACAUGGACGCGCUGGGCAUCCCUGAGGGACUUACGCCGACAGACUUCAUCACCGCGGAUGAUGAAGUGACAGUGAGGUCACAGCUGAACAGUGAUGCAGCCAUUUGCGAGGAAAUCCAGCUCAACAAUCACGUUGACACAAUGGAAGACGCAGAGGAGGACAGCAGCGACGAUGAAAACGAAGCACCAGUGACAAAGGUUACGGCAGGAGAUGCAGUGGAAAUGUUAGAAGAAGUGCAAACCUUCCUGUCAUCAUGUUCAGAUGUGUCAGAGGAGCGGCUUGAACAAACUUUCCCAGAAGAAAGUUACGGAGUUCUUUAG